AUCACGCUGUGACGUUUGUCAUGAAAUAUUGGCCAAAGCAUGGUGGGUGUAUUUUUGUGGAGAUUGCAGAUUCUUUGCUCAUCUUAGGUGUGUCGCAUUCACCACAGCUGAGACCACAAAACAAGACUCCAACUUAAAGAGGAGGAUGCUAAUCUGAUUGAGUUCCCACUAUGUGCGCAUGACAUAUCUAAGGAGUUAAUCACACCUUUUGUGAUGCGAGAAAACGGUCUCAACAGGAUCCCAGAUGUCAAAGAUAUGCCUUCAACUGUGAAUAUGCCGCAUACCACAGCAAGUUUCUCAUUUCUAUUCAACUAUCACAACCAUCCUUUGAGCUUGGUUGCAGAGCAUCAUGAUGAUGACACCAAAAUCAUGCAUGAGGAAGAAGAAGAUGAAAACGUAGUCGAGGCAACAGAUGAUGAAUUGAUGGUUUGUGAUGUGUGUGUAACACCCAUAUCUUCACCUCCAUAUUACGAGUGCGCUUCUUGCAAAUAUUUCAUCCAUGCCAUUUGCUACUUGUUACCCAAAACAUUCUCGUCAUCGUCUUCUCCUAAUAUUUACAGUGAAUGCACUAGAACACAUGAUAAAAACCAUGAAUUCACACUCUACACAAGUUCAGAAUUAUUGGAUAUGAAUACAAGUUUGUGUAAGUGUGAGAUUUGUGGUUUUAUUACAAAUGGAACAGUAUACAAGUGUGAAGGGUGCGAGAUGAAGAUAGAUGUCAAGUGUGCGUCUCUACCGACUAGUAUUAGACAUAAAUUUCACACACAUCACAAACAUCUAGUCUUGAAUAGGAUACCAUCAGAAGGUGGAAAAAGGAAGCACUGCCAUGGCUGUGGAUUUCACAUGAAGAAAAUUACAUAUUGCUGCAGCAGCAAAGAUUGUGAUUUUGAAUUGGUCUUGAGAAAUGCUAUGCUUCCUGCAAGCAUAACAAGGCAUGAGUGGGACAAAUACCAUUCAUUAAUGUUGUUAUCUGAUGCAGCUCUCGACCAUCCCUCCGGCUUUAUUUGUGAUUUAUGUGAAGUGGAAUUGCAUCCCAAGGGGUGGAUGUAUCAUUGUCGGCAAUGUGACCUUUCUUUCCACCUAGAUUGCCUCGAGUCCGCAUCUGGCCUGUUCAGAAACAUCAAAUUUGGGCGACGAUUUAUGAUGCGUGGUAUUCACCCUAAUCAUCCUCUCACAUUCAGUUGUGUCACUAUCAAGAGAAGGUGUGACCUUUGUUAUAUGGAGGUGUAUAACAAUUGUGGGUUGGAAUGUGCAUCAUGUUACUUUGUUGUGUGCCUAAGCUGUGGUAGGAGAGAAUUAGCUAAGAAGAUGUAAUUUGCAGUUGAUGUCAACUUCAGUAAUUGGUUUGAUUCAGUGGAAUGAUUGAUAUAAAUAAUCAAUACUCCUCUAUAAUAUUUGACUUUUUGCUAUUUUCAA